AUGGUCUCAGUCCAAGUCCGCGUAAACAAAGACCCCCAAGAGGAAACGCCAUCUACGGGGAAACCAAAGGGCACUAAUCGAAAUUGGUCACUGGCCGCAAGAUUUACCCAGAGUCGAUUGGAGAGCAUUCUCGACUUAUUGCGUAAUUUGUACGGAUACGCCGUACCUGCUUUCCUCUCGUGCCUUGCACACGAUGGCAUGUGA